ACGUCAGAGGGCAGCGGUGGUGGAGCAGCACGAGAGAGGGACCGAGCGCGAGCUGCGGAGAUUAAACAGAGAGCGUUUCUGGAGGAAUAGAGACCCACCAUCACCUGCCAGGAUCCCCCCGAAAGGAGACAGCUGGGAACGGUUACAGAGGACUGUUAAUACCUACAGCUUUAUCGAUAAACGCAAGAAGGGAGCCGAGACUGGAGCCGGGGUGUCCGUCGCAUCUCUCCCCAGCCUCCUGUCGAAGAGACCCGGUCCACAGCAAGAAAACAGCAUACAGAGAGAGACCGGCGUUCAACAAGAACAGAGGAAGACGAGCUGAGUAGAGGCUCAGCUGAGGAGAAUUCAAUCCAUUCUGAGGAUAAAUCAUAACAUUCAGACUGACCUGUGGAUGAUUCAGUUUUUCAUUCCUUUUUUUACCCUGUAUAUUUUUUAAGGUGAGUAAUUCAUCGGAACAGACAUGAACAUGAACAUUUUGAUAAUCGCAGUAAGGUGUCACCUCGACGUCUGCCUGGGAGAUGAAAGAAUUGCAACUUUUGAACGCCGAGUUUAAGAGAAACAUUGGGAACUUAAGGGGAUUUAUUUUUCACAUUGAACUUUCAUUUUCAGUUUUUACGUCACUGUUAUUUUACUCUUUACGGGUAACGUUUUCUUUUCUCAUAAAAGGGAAGAGAAGGGGGUGACUGGCCAAGUUUCUCUAACAGGAACUCAGAUAUCAUUUGCAUUCCAGUUUGGUUCUCACAGGGGACAAGUCCUCCCUUGUGUGUGUGACUCAGUGUGUUUUUGUGAAGCUGAGUGUCCCUCUGCAAGACAUUAACGUGUCUCGGGGGGCAAUACCCGGGCCUGUGUGUCUCUUCUGGGAUCAUGGGAUCAGAAAAGGACUCCGAGUCGCCUCACUCCUCGGUGAGCGGCAUCCCUAACCCUAAGUGCCGUGCGGCUGGCAAACGCCACGGCCGCAUCUCCUUCCACAGCCUCUUCCACAGCAAACGGGGUGCCAGGGGCCCCAAAGGAGCAGCAGCCACCCCUUUAUCCCAUCUACACCAACAUCACCACACACAACAACCGCUUCUCCCUUCUGCCUUGAGCUCAGCACCCCCUGCAGCCUCUGCUACUCCCACAACGACCACCGCCACAGCCACCACGACCCCCCAGGACGCCGCCUCCGGCACGCCCUCAGAGCCACUCUCCUCCAGCCAGCCAUCCCUGGAUGGAGCCCCUUCCUCUGGGGAUGCCAGCCUCCUGGAGUGCCCCCUGUGCCUGGUGCUCCAGCCCCCCGAGCAGCUGCCCGAGCUGCUGGGCUGCAGCCACCGCUCCUGCCUCUGUUGCCUGCGCCAGUACCUCCGCAUCGAGAUCACAGAGAGCAGAGUCCAGCUCAGCUGCCCUGAAUGUGCCGAGAGACUGUCUCCGCGACAGGUGGCGGACAUCUUGGACGACGCGGCCCUGCUGGAGAAGUAUGAGGAGUUCUUGCUGCGGAGGUGCCUGGCCUCUGACCCGGACUGUCGAUGGUGCCCGGCGCCUGACUGCGGGUUUGCCAUCAUCGCCUCAGGCUGUGCCAGCUGUCCCCGGCUGGUGUGUCGCAGAGAGGGAUGCGGAGCCGAGUUCUGCUACCACUGCAAGCAGGCCUGGCACCCCAACCAGACCUGCGACUCUGCCCGCCAGCAGAGGGCGCAGUCCCUGCACACACACAGCAACCACUCGCCCAGCUACACACAGGAGCAGGGCCCCGCUGAUGACAUCAAGCCGUGCCCUCGCUGCGGCGCCUACAUCAUCAAGAUGAACGACGGCAGCUGCAACCACAUGACCUGCGCCGUCUGCGGCUGUGAGUUCUGCUGGCUCUGCAUGAAGGAGAUCUCCGACCUGCACUACCUCAGUCCAUCUGGCUGUACGUUCUGGGGGAAGAAGCCUUGGAGCAGGAAGAAGAAGAUCCUGUGGCAGCUGGGGACCCUGAUCGGAGCUCCGGUGGGCAUCACGCUCAUCGCAGGCAUCGCUGUCCCCGCCAUGGUCAUCGGCAUUCCUGUGUACGUCGGCCGCAAGAUCCACGCCCACUAUGAGCUGAAGAAGACAUCCCUCCACAGGAGGAACCUGGCCAUCACCGGGGGUGUGGCCCUGUCCAUCAUCACCGCCCCUGUCAUCGCAGCUGUCAGCGUCGGUAUUGGUGUUCCCAUCAUGCUGGCCUACGUGUACGGCGUGGUGCCCAUCUCUCUGUGCAGAGGAGGGGGCUGCGGGGUCAGCAGGGGGAAGGGGCGAGGAGUACGCAUUGACUUUGAUGAUGACGAUGGUCCAAUCACAGUGGCGGAUGCGUGGCGAGCCCUGAAGUCCCCGAGCUUCGGUGACAGCAGUCUGGACGGGGCGCUCAGCGGUAUGAGCACCACCUCCCCCAGCGAGGGGCUCUCCGUGGCCCCCGGGAGUCUGGGGGACACGCCACACUUCUACCCCCUGGCAGGCGGCACCCUGGGAACCCGCAGCGGAAAGUACAGCAGGCUGGAGGGGCAGGCGGGGGACUCGGCCCAGAGGGAGACGGGCAGCCUGGGGGCGGGGAGCGACUGCGCCAGCACCCGAGGGAUGGCCGGCUCCAUCAUCUCCUCCUACACCCUGCCUGACAGGGAGUGCACCAACCUGGAGAUCCAGGUGGACAUCGAGACCAAACCCAGCCAUCUCUGCCUGACCAGUGAGGAGGACCUGACCCCGCCCCCGGGCUCUGCUGCCAUGGCGACCGCCUCCAGCGUGGAGGAGCCUCAGGACUGCAGCUCCAGGAGGGGCGGGGCUUUGUCUGGCUCCGUGCUGGGCCUGUCCCCGGGGGUGUCCCUCAGGGAGGGGCUCAGAGACGUGACGCUGGCCCAGCCUGAGAGCAUCCGCAGCGACCUGGAGAUGUCGGACACUCAGUCAGACGACAUCGCAGAGCUGACGUCGGACGACUGUGACUCCCCCCACCCUAAAAGCUGUCACCUGGCGGCCGGUCAGCAGCCGCCCUCCUGCAGGGUGCUGACCCCCCCCGAAGGUCUUCACUGUCCCGCGGACAGCACCGUCAUCCUCUACGUCUGAGAGGACAGCUCCCGAGAUUGUAGAAAAGAAAAAGGAACCAAUCCCAGACAUCUCUUAUCCACUUUCCUUCAAGACUUUUUCUUUCUUUUGCACUGAAGAAACUGAAACGUUGACUUUAUUUAAAUGUAUUAUGUCAACAGAUUUCACAUAACUGCAUUAGGUUACUUGAAAGCAAUAAUAUGAAGUUGAACCUAAUAUUUUAUUUAAACUUAAUAUUAUUGCUUUCAACUAACCUAAUACAGUUAUGUGAAAUCUGUUGACAUAAUACAUUUAAUUAAAGUCAAUCUUUCAAUUUUUCCAGUGUGUCAUUUCUGUUUUUAUUUCUGCGCCUCACAGACGACGUCUUAAACACAGACAGGGUUUGUUUACUGUUGUCUGUCUUAUCUAUCUACCUGUCAAUUGUCAGGGUUCUACCUCUGAGAUUUAUAAGAUGAUUUAUGUUUACUCCUGAGUGCAAAAUGCCUUGGCUACUUAAGCAAAAGAAAAAAGAAUAAUAAGGUACACAUUUCCAGAAAUAUCGCAAAUUAUACAAUUAUAAAAAGUUGAAGUGUCACCGAGCACAGCAGAGGGAAACAGAUGCUUAAUGAGGAUGAAGAGGAUGUUUCUCACAGUGUGUGAAUUAAUGUGGACUUUGUACUUUUGUGGCUUUAUUUUCUUCUUUUCUUUCUCUAUUUAUAUUCAGAUGACGUUGAAAUUGUAUCAUUUGCUGCGUGCAUGAGUCUGCAUGAGCCGAGCCUUGUGUGACAGGUUUGAAAGUGUGGUGAGUUUCUGUUACACUGGUGAAAGUUAAGAGUUUACUUCAGAGGAUUAAGCUGCACUAGAAUCUCACUUUGCCUGCACAGAGGAAGAGGAAUAUGAGUUUGAAUGACGGAAAUAAAUGAUUGAGUUCUGACAAUAAUGAGGCGAGGCAGUGAAGCCAUUUUAUCUUUUCAAAUCUAUUAAAGUGUUGGACCUUU